AUGACCAAUCCAAAAAAGCCUGAAGAGUUUGAAAGGCGGCCAAACCCUCCUGGUUGGGUGCAGCCUAAGGCACCGUAUAAUCCCUAUGAUCCGACAGAUGUACGUCCAUCAGAAGGAUACCCUAGUGAAUUUGAUCCCCCUUCUUCGGUGAAACGUAAUUCUGGGGCACCUGUACAAGAUUUGACUGAUUAUGAAAAACUCAGGGUUGAUAUGAAGAGACUAAAGUACUAUCCACGCCCUCCUUCAGAACUUUAUCCAGGAAGGCGCAAAGUUUUAAGACGAAUUAAUCAUAAGUCUUCAUUUGUAAGAGGUUCCGAGAUCACGGCAAAAGUAUCUAUUUACUUCUUAAUUGCGUUCGGCGUCUUUUUUUAUAAGUGGAACGACAAUGAAAAUGUUUUUGCUCCCUUCCGAAGAUUCCAACUACGGAUAAAAGAAAAGAUUCUUGGUGGACUAUCCCCAGCAGAUUACAACGAUUUAUACAACUAUGAUCAGACAAAAUCCAUACCGCAGAAACCUUUACCGUCGAUCAUGUAUGAAGAUAAUGAAAAGAAGCAUCUUGUUGGAGGGGAUAAAACCAACAACGAAUUUAUCAAGGAUAGAUUCGGCAAUAAGCAUGUUGUUUAUGCCGAGCAUGUGACGCAGCGUCAGGAGGAGAGUAUGCUGAAGGCAAUGGAUUUAGCUGAAAGGGAAAUAGAGUUGAAAAAACUACGAAACGGGUUACAUCAAACGGAUGAGAGUAUGUCCACAAAUAGUCAUGACCAGAAGAGGCCAAGUUGGAAGUUCUGGUGA